AUGCCUCGCUUCUCUGGAAAAACCGUAAUCAUAACUGGAUCUUCAAAUGGAAUCGGAAGAUCGGCAGCUCUUCUUUUUGCUCAAGACGGAGCAAAUGUUACAAUCACAGGAAGAAAUGCAGAGAGACUUGAAGAAACCAGACAACUCAUUUUGAAAUCUGGAGUCUCAGAGAGUCAUCUGAAUUCAGUUUUGGCUGAUGUCACCACUUCUGGCGGACAGGAUUUGUUGGUCAAAUCAACUUUGGACAAGUUUGGAAAAAUUCAUAUUUUGGUCAACAAUGCUGGAGCAGCUGUUGCAGACGCCACCGGAGCCACUGGAACCGAUCAGAGCAUUGAUGUUUAUCAUAAAACAUUACAAUUGAAUUUGCAAGCUGUGAUUGAGAUGACCAAAAAAGUGAAACCACAUUUGAUGGAAACCAAAGGAGAGAUCGUUAAUGUUUCAAGCAUUGUAGCUGGACCACAGGCGCAACCCGAUUUCAUGUAUUACGCUAUUGCGAAGGCGGCUCUUGACCAAUACACCAGAUCCACAGCUAUCGAUCUUAUUCAGCAUGGAAUCAGAGUCAAUUCUGUUAGCCCUGGAGUUGUCGCUACUGGAUUUACUAAUGCUAUGGGAAUGCCAGAUCAGGCAUCUCAAAAGUUCUACAACUUCAUGGCUGCUCAUAAAGAAUGCAUUCCUGCAUUGGUCGCUGGUCAACCUGAAGACAUUGCAAAUAUCAUUUUGUUCCUUGCUGAUCGUAAAUUGUCUUCCUAUAUCAUCGGCCAAUCGAUUGUCGCCGAUGGAGGAUCCACGUUGGUUAUGGGAUGCCAAGUUCAUGAUAUAAGGCAAAUGAUGGGAUUGUAA